AUGAGUGAAACGGAGGAAACACGAGCGUCAUCGCCUGUCUCGCUGCGGCCGGCACCAUCUUCUCGUAUUCGUGUGCACAACGCCGCUCUUUACACACAAUUAAUGGACGCCGCCGACUGGAGCCGCACCAUUGCCCGGGAACAACAAUUACAGCAGCAGCAACAACAACAACUAUUACAUUCCCUACCACCACCACCUCCUCCCACCGCAUCCUCCAAACAACACCGUUCUUUACAUGCAAGUAGACGUCGUGUUGGCACAGCCUCCGACGCAGCGGCGGAGUUGCGAGAAGAUGAAUUAUUCCGCCGUCGACUCGACACAUUUAUGCAGCAACAGCAGCGACUGCUCGCGAACUGUGCGGCGGUGACGGCGAGCACAUCUCGCGCGGCCCAUCGCUCGGCGGUGGCGGUGCGGCGCUCGUGGGAGUCCACACAACAGCGGCCCGUGCAGAAGUGCAUUGACGCCCAACUGCGCGAUGCGGCCGCGACGCGCCAGCGGGACGCCGUGCGGCACGAGUUGUUGGAUUUAUUUCUCAACGCCGCCAACCGCGCGGCGGCGAACGGCACCUUCGAGCCGCAUUUGCAGCCGGAGGAAAAAGUGGUGGAGGCGCAACUGCAGCGGGACGCCGCCCUUCUGUACCCCGCACCGCCGCCGCGGGAAACGACAGUCGACGCCCACCGCCGCGAGGCGAGUGAAGUGCGCCGCGCCUACACACAACUCGCCCGCGACUAUCGCGAACUGCAGCGGGAGUCCACCACAGGCGUGUUGGCAGCGCGGGUGGGGCGGGAAACACGACUGCCAUCGCCGCUGGGUUUCUCACUCACGCGAACCUCUUCCAUGAACACAGCGGGGCGUAGUCAUUGGAAUGUAAAUAGUUCGGCUCGUGUGGGAAGUGGAACACCAGACACAACACCAUCGGGUUUGGGCAUGUUGGGAUCGGCUGCCCACUCGCAGAAUCGAUGGCGGUAUGCCUCUAUUACCUUCUCUGAUCCUCCACGGGUAACACACACCGCAGAGGCCCCUGCAGGAGGACCCCCAACAUCUACAACGCUGACAGGAAAAGGAAGAGAAAGAAUAUCCGGUAUUUAUACACGUUUUAAAGGAGAAGAGUUAUUGGAAACCACCAAUACUUCUAGUACGAAUACAAUGAAUGACGUGGUAGAUGUGAUGCCACUUUCGUUUCUCCCAGCCCUUCAUGUGGGGGAUGAGGAGGAUGAGGAUACAUUAUCGCAAUGGAUGAAACAACUGCAUGCCCCGCGACCACGUGAGGCGGAUCUUCCUGUGCAAGUUUGGAGUCGUUUUCAAGAGACCAUGUUCGGUCGGGGGACAAGAGAAGAUGGGAGUCUUAAGCCAAGUUGUGAACGGCGUAAGGAAUGUGCAUGGAAACUACGGCACUCGGAUAUUAUGUUUGAUCACUUUGACUUUCCACGUGGCUUGGAAGGACCACUACACACAGGCAAACGUGUGGUAUGA